UGAUAGAAAUGCCAAAAUUGAAUCCAGUGUUUUUCAGCACCGGCACCAGGCACACUGCCCUGCAAGUUUUAGGCAUUUCCCUAAUUCAGCACACAUGAUUUUAAUUGACAUCUAAUUAACAGGGUUUUGCUGAACUGAAAACACGCAGGUCAGUUUGAUUGAGGACAAGGUUUGGGAAAGAACUACCCAGAUAGCACACGAUGUUAAUUCAAUGUUGAAUUAUUAUCACAAAGGUUUCAUGUAUGUUUGAGGUCGACAAUUGAUGGUGGAUCAACUAUAAAACAACCAUUCAAUUCUAGCCAAUUAACUAAUGUUGAAACUGUGUCAUUAAAUCAAUGAUGUUUUGUGGUUAACAUCAAAUAAAUGAAAUGCCGCCAACGUCGAGUCCAGUGUGUUUCAGCACUGGUCCUCCAGGCACUACAAGUUUUAGGCAUUUCCCUAAUUCAGCACACAUGAUAUUAAUUGACAUCUGAUUAACAGGGUUUUGCUGAACUGAAAACACGCAGGUCAGUUUGAUUGAGGACAAGAUUUGGGGAAGAACUAGUAAUCUAAAUGUUCUAAAAGUGGAGGGGUGUUUAUUACACCCCUCCACUUCACUCUCACAUUCUAACCCCCAACCCCUCUCCCUCCACCUCUCACCUGGCUUGUCUACCCCUCAACCUCCCUCCCCCUUUCUACUCUCCUCCUCUCCUCCUUUGACUCCGGGUGAAACUACUUGUAUUUUUUGUGAGGGUUACUCACAUUAUAAUUUAAGUAGUAUGUGUUGGUAACAUUGGGUUGUAAUUCUGUCCUGUACAUCUUCUUACUUGUCUGUAAAUGUUAUGACUGACUAUGUAUGUGUGAUAUGUUGACACAAAAACACAUAGAAGUCACUAAAAGGAGUUAGGUGGUCCACCUCCCCCAUUUCAUGACUGGUAUGUCCCAACCACAUAGCCCCUUUGCAGCAGGAUUGGUGCAACCUGUUUCUGAAUUUAAUUAUUCAACCCCCAGCACUUUUGUGGUAAGUGUGGCCAAUCUACCUUGAUCUUAACCUAUUUAUUAUAAACCAACUGCAUUGUGUUGCGCUUAAGUUGCAGCUUGGUAGGGAAAUAAGCAGUGAUGGCAUAAUUAUGUUGAAAAACUAACUUUAAAUCAGAUUUUGAUAACACUAAAGUUGGGUUGUACACUUUGUGAGGUCUCAGGAUGCUUGGUCCUGCUAUAGUGAGGCAUUUGCUUAUGCUGGUAUUUUAAAAUGAACAGUAACUUUCGCAUUAUAAUAAUUGCCUUUCUUGAUAUGGAUCUAAUUGUACAAAUAUGUUUCGGCUUGUUUCAUCUUGCAUAUUAAAAUGCAGCAUCUUAUUCUGAAUCUCUUCAUCUCCUUUUUUUAUUUUUCCAGCUAUAUUUAAAUAUAACAGCUUUAAAGAAAGAAGACAAUUGUAGGUAAACAGGUGCAGUUUGUCUACAUUAGAGUAAAGCACCACCACACUCUUUAAGAUGUCGGCUUCUUCUCGGGCUAAAAGACGUAGAGUUAACAAAUUAUUGAAAGAGACAGAGCAGCAAAUCCUCACCGAGUAUAAGUUAAUAGUUAAUGCUAAUCCAAGGAAGAAACAGAAGAAAUAUCAUGUUGCAGCCUCUUGUCAGUGCAGGUUGGAUGUACUACCUUUUCAAGAUAUUUCAGACUUGCCACUAAACAGACGACUAACUAUCAGUGCUGUGAAUGAAAAUACUGACUUGCCAGGUGAGUCAGAAGCACAUUUUGAAAGUAUAGUGGAGGAUGAGCUUGACAGUGAUGACAAUAAUGAUUUGCUCAGGAUAAGUUUAAAGUAUUGGGCAACAUCCUAUUCAAUCUCUCUGGUUGCACUGUCAUCUUUGCUGUCUAUUUUGACAAUGUUUCACCCUACCCUACCAAAAGAUGGGAGAACAUUGCUUGGAACACCCAGAAAUGUGCCCAUCACUACAAUUCAAGGGGGAGAUUAUUAUCAUUUUGGAAUAGUCAAAGGGGUGCUUUCACGGUUGGCAUGUUUGUGUGUACCAUCAACUAUGACUACUAUUAAUAUCCAGUUUAAUAUAGAUGGCUUACCUUUAUUUAAAAGUUCCAAACUUCAGUUUUGGCCCAUACUUGGAUGUCUGACAUGUGACUACACAAAGUCCCCAUUUGUUGUAGGCAUUUUUUGUGGUCUAAGCAAGCCAGUGAGUGUUUUUGAGUACCUGGCUCAGUUUGUCAAAGAUCUUCAGAAUGUAUUGUGUAAUGGCAUUAUUUAUAAUGGUAAGCAAUUUAAUGUAGAAAUUUCUGCCUUUAUUUGUGAUGCGCCGGCAAGAGCUUAUAUUAAGCAGGUCAAAGGAUUCAAUGGCUAUUCAGGUUGUGACAAAUGCUUUCAGGAGGGUGUAUGGAUGAAUAAAAUGACAUUUCCUGAAACAAAGCAUAAACUUAGGACAGACUCCAGUUUCUCUGACAUGGUUGAUGAGGAACAUCACAUUGGAAAGAGCCCUUUAUCUGGUUUAGUUAAGAUGGUUUCUAUGUUUCCACCAGAUUACAUGCAUGUCUGUUGUCUCGGAGUUACAAGGAAAAUGCUUCAUAUAUGGUUAAAGGGGAAACAUUUAGCAACAAAGUUUCCUUCCCAAACUGCAGCAGGCAUUUCAGAUAAACUCCUAAAGCUACGUUUCUACACGCCUUCUGAGUUUAACCGUAAACCAAGGGGACUGUCGGAGAUAGAUCGGUGGAAAGCUACUGAGUUCCGAUCCUUCAUGUUAUAUUGGGGUCCUGUUGUUUUGAAGGAUUCACUCCCCAGUGAGCUGUAUGACAAUUUUAUGUUGUUUUCCGUUGGAAUGUACAUGUUGCUGUCCCCUAGUAUAUCUGAGGAAAUGUUAGCCUUUGCACAAAAGUUGAUGGUUGCUUUUGUUGAACACUUUGGGGAAUUAUAUGGAAAAGAUGAAAUUGUGUACAAUAUACACCAGCUUACUCAUUUGGCUGAAGAAUACAGGAGGUUCGGCAAUCUAGAUAAUAUAUCAGGAUUUCCUUUUGAGAAUUGUCUUGGUCAAAUUAAGCAUCUUCUACGCAAGCCACAUCAGACACUACAACAGGUAGUUAAAAGGUUGUCUGAAACCUCACAUGUUGGACCCACAUGUUCUAGAGAUUAUCCAAAGUUGCUUAACAUCCACAUUGAUGGUCCAGUCCCCACACAGUUUAUUUCGUCACAACAGUACAGGAAGGUCUCCACUCAUCGGUUUACUUUGUCCACAAAGAAAGGAGACAAUUGUGUUGAAGUUGGAGAUGGAUUUGCAUUAAUAGAGAAUAUUAUUAAAUCAGAAGAGGAUACAUAUAUAAUCGUCAGAAUGUACGGACACAAACAGCCAUAUUACAUGUAUCCCUGUGAAUCAUCAUACAUUGGCACAUACAAAGUCAGUGGCUUGAAAGAAAAUAUAGGGGUAGUUGGGCUGGCCUCUAUCAAGCGCAAAUGCCUUCUCUGUCCAGACAUGGAUGGUGCCAUUGUAAUACCACUACUUCAUUUAGCAUAGUCAUGCUGCCCUGCCAAAGUGCAGUAUCUGUAACUGAGAUGUAUAUCAUGGCAUAAAUUACCUAAAAAUAACAUUUAUCUAAUUCUUACCUGUGCAAAUAACAUGUUUGACUGGCCAAAAACUACAAUGUCUGUAGUGCACUUUGGCUUUGAAGAGUGAAAUGGGGAUGACCUGUAAGGAGAUAUCAUGAGUAGUUCUCAUUUCAUCCCUAGCCCUUCGAAGAUGAGUAGAGAGGCACUGUGGUCAGUUGUACAGUUCCCAAAUGGUGGGACAGCAGUAGUUCUAGAGAGCUGGUUUAAAGCUGAGGAACAGACGCUGUUAUGGCCCCCAAAACACAUAACACUCAAGAAAGCCCUUCGAGACGGAAUGCAACCAGACGACAAAUGGAUCACCUAUACGGAUGUACGAGUCCUCAUUACGUGUGGUGAGUAACUGGUGCAACACAUGCACAGCUGUUCUACACAGUCGUGCUGUCAUGUUAUAGAUAAAUCAGCUCAAUAUUUCCUUCUUUUCAAGUAUGUUUAUCUAUUGGGACAUGACAUUACAGAUGCAAAAGUUUGUUUAGGAGGCUACAUUAAACCAAGUAAACAAUAUAUAUAAUUAUAAUAAAGCGCUGGUACCUCAGAGGUCCAGCUGAGAUGUUUUGUGUAUGUAAAAUCAGAGAAGACAAAUGUGAGGAGGCAAAUAGUGAUUGGCCAGAAUGAGAUGAUGUAUGAUAGUAGCGCUUCACACAGGUGUGAUUGUUCUGUUUUUUGGGAGUUGGGAAGGAGCUGUUAGGGUAGUUCUGCACUGGACUGCAGACAUGCAAAUUGGCAUUUACCCUCUGCUCUUUACAGAGACCCUUGAUGAGGCGAAAAAAAGAGAGACAAAAUAUAACACCACAAUGUGUCCAACAUCUGAAAUUGAAUCUCAUGAUGAAGGAGCUAUCCGCCAAAAAAGAAUAUCCAGGCCAAAUCAGCAGUUUAUGCAUUCUGAUUCUGAAGACCAUCAGAGUAGCAGUGCAAAAAGAAAGCGUUUUGCCAAACCACCUGAUGUUGGAUGUCCAGUAGAUCUUGUUGCUAGCAACUACCAACAAUCACUAGCUGAUGAAGUUCUUAAUGCUGAGAUGCCAGGUUUUGCUACAGCCCACUGUGUCCAGUACCACAAGUUGCAGAAUCCACAGCGACAAAGUACAAGUAUUGGGUUGUCUGGAUGCAGCUCAAGGCAGUAUAACCAUCGCCCUGGUCUCUCACAAUGUGCACAAAAUAGGCUGCCAUUGGAUAUAUCACAGACAAACUCCGACCAGAAUGAUGUAUUGGAUUCAGCGCCUAAUCAAGGUUUCGAAGAUGCAACCACACAAAGGGCCAGCAAUAAUGGGCAGCUUUUGAGAGACCUCGCUAUCCAUAAGAUGACAUCGAUGCUUGCUGAAGCUCUUGUGAUUGUGAAGGAUCUAUCCAGAGAUGUCCAAUUCAUUAAGAACAAUUUGGCUCAGAGUAACAUUACAUCAGGUAGCACACAAGGACCAGCAAACCUUGUACUCCCCUUCCAGCUGCCAAUUGAAAGUGAAGAAGAUUUCAGUAAAGCGGAGUCAUUACUGAUUGAAGAGACAGUGCGUCAAAAGAUGAUUGCUCGACUGGCUCUAGUAGGAGGCACCAAUUCAGCCAACAUGAUAAGAAGAAUGUUGACAACUUGUAUGAGAAAUGCCCUGGCAAGUCAGUUCAACUGGGCUGGGAAGAAACAUAGGCAUUCCCAGAGUAAAAAGCCAUUCAAGGACACAAUCCUGCAAGAGUGCAUAUUAGUUGCUGCUCGUCAAUUCGAACCAGGCCUAACUGAUCAAAAUUACAGCGAAACAGUAAAGAAAUGGUUUCGCUAUGCACCAGACCGGGAGGGAGGCAUUGAAAGGCAACCAAAGGGACGGCCAGAAGACUGAAAUUAAAUAAAAUAUUUAAGCAAUGCCA